GACGGAAGGCUCCCCGCCAUCGCCGCCAUGUCCGCUCACCUCCGCCUCCUCUCCGCCGCGCCCCUCCCCCUCCCCCUCCCCCGCCCCUUCCGGUCUCCUCUCCGCCGCCUGCCUACCGCCCCCGCUCCUCUCGCUCUCGUCACCGCCGCCCGCUCGCCGCCGCCGCGGCUCUCACUCUCACGGGGCGCCGCCCUCCGCUGCCGCGCCGUGGCCGUCUCCUCGGGUGCGGAUGGGGACGAGGCGGCGGCGGGGCUGUGGGAGCAGGUGCGGGACAUCGCCGUGUUCGCCGGGCCGGCGCUGGGGCUCUGGAUCUGCGGGCCCCUCAUGAGCCUCAUCGACACCAUGGUCAUCGGCCAGACCUCCUCCCUCCAGCUCGCUGCCCUAGGGCCUGGAACGGUGUUCUGCGAUUACCUCUGCUACAUUUUCAUGUUCCUUUCAAUUGCAACCUCCAACAUGGUGGCCACUUCCUUGGCUAAAAAGGAUGAAGAACUUGCGCAGCAUCAAGUGUCUAUGUUACUAUUUGUUGCUCUUACUUGUGGUAUUGGAAUGUUUUUGUUCACUAAGCUUUUUGGCACUCAAGUGUUGACUGCGUUUACUGGAUCGGGGAACUAUGAUAUUAUUUCUGCUGCCAAUACAUAUGCACAGAUAAGAGGCUUCGCAUGGCCUGCAGUUCUUGUUGGCUUAGUUGCUCAAAGUGCUAGUCUAGGCAUGAAAGAUUCUUGGGGUCCUCUGAAGGCAUUAGCAGCUGCUAGUGUUAUAAAUGGUGUUGGGGAUGUAUUUCUUUGUUCUGUAUGUGGAUAUGGAAUUGCUGGGGCUGCCUGGGCAACUAUGGUUUCACAGAUCGUUGCAGCUUUUAUGAUGAUGCAAAAUCUAAACAAGAGAGGAUUUCGAGCUUUUUCGUUCACAAUCCCAUCAGCAAGUGAGCUUAUGCAAAUUUUUGAAAUUGCAGCUCCUGUUUUUGUGACAAUGACUUCCAAGGUAGCAUUUUAUGCAUUGCUUACAUAUUCUGCAACUUCUAUGGGAGCAAUAACACUUGCAGCACACCAGGUUAUGGUUAAUGUCCUAUGCAUGUGCACUGUUUGGGGUGAGCCCCUGUCACAAACUGCACAGUCAUUCAUGCCAGAGUUGAUAUAUGGGGCUAAGUGCAAUUUGAUGAAGGCAAGGAUGCUAUUGAAGUCACUAGUCAUGAUUGGAGCAAUAACUGGAUCGACUGUAGGGGCAGUGGGAACACUCGUUCCAUGGCUUUUUCCUAGUCUCUUUACCAAUGAUCUAAUGGUUGUCCAACAGAUGCAUAAAGUGCUGAUUCCAUAUUUCUGUGCAUUAUUGGUGACACCUUCAGUGCAUUGUCUCGAAGGAACAUUAUUGGCUGGAAGGGAUCUCAGGUUUUUGAGUCAAUCAAUGGGAGCGUGCUUUGGCGUUGGAGCCUUUCUACUAAUGGUCAUCCGCAACAAAUUUGGUAGUUUGCCUGGAUGCUGGUGGAUGCUUGUCUUGUUUCAGUGGGGUCGGUUUGGAAGUGCUUUACAACGGCUUCUUUCUCCAACGGGCAUGUUAUAUAACGAAAACUUCAACCAGCGUGAUGAUGAUGAGUAUGUCAAGGUGAAGGCUACAUAAUGACAAUUAGGACGCACCAUCGGUUUUUCUCAGGCGGCAACAAAGAUGCAAAGAUUUGCGUAUAAAGCCCGGUAAAGACAUAUUCUGCGAUCUCUGCUCAUCAACGGCACCUAUCAUGCAGAAGCUGCACUUCGUAUCAUCUUUGGAAGGGAGGUCAACAAGACGUGAUGGCCCAGAAAAUUAAGACCAGGAAAAUACAGAAAGUUAUAGGCUAGAAUUCAUCCUCCUUCCAUGGCACGUUAUAUAGUUUAGCCCUAUACUUGUAACAUUACUGCUACGAUAAUUCGAUUAAACGCAAGUUCUACGUUAAA